AUGCUGACGAAGCUACGUGCGAAGCUCUGCUGUUCCCAGGCUGAUGGUGAUGCUGACGAGGCCAAACCUGCUAUUCCCCAUGCGAAACGCUCGAAUGAUGGAGGAAACACCACACCUGCCAAAAGAAGCACAUUCGACAGCCUGGACCCGGAACAUAAACACUGGUUGCCUGAAGAGGAGAAGAAUCCAAUCGAAAUUAUUCGGGAAGUCCUUGGCGAGACAAAGAAUAAAUAUACCGAGUAUAAGAAGAAAGAACUGACCAUCCGAAGACAUAAUGGGGGUGAGAUCAAAGUCCGCGAAAUUGCCCAGAAUAUCCUGGCGUCCGCAUUGAAUGCGCAGCAGAUAAUCACUGCGAUCGCAAGCUUCGACCCAAGUGGACAUGGUAGGAUGGUCCAGAGAGAUAUUGCGCGCAGAGAUGUACUCAUAGAAGCCUCCGAAUACUUGGCGGAACAGCUAGCAUACUUCACUGUGAUAGAUAGCGACCGCCGAUAUACAAAGGCUUCCGUGGACAAGCAGCUAGAUGGUGCUCUUGUGGGAGUCUAUACAGCAAUACUUGAAUACACGGCGGAAGUGAAAAAAGCAUAUUAUGAAAGCGGCUUUGCUCGCAUAGGAAGCACACUCAUUCCCCUCACCGAGCAGCCACUGCAAAAGCUUCGAACGGUUGUGGACAAUAAGACUACAAUGGUUGACAGAUGGACUACCGUCACUGAUCGCACAUAUCUGAGGGGACAGGCUGCGGACAUCCUUGCGGCUAUUGACGAGACGGUCGAGGAGCUCCAGAAAGUUCAUUCCACUGUGCUAAAAGCUCAUAUUCUGACUUUAACAGACGUCGAGGAUAAAGGAAUACUUGAAUGGCUAUCUAAGUACGACUUUUCCAAAGCACAGAACGACACUCAGUAUUAUAGAUCACCAGGGACAGGUGAUUGGCUUUUGAAGUCAAAACAAUAUGUCGGGUGGAAGGACUGUCCAGGUAGUAUACUAUGGUUGCAUGGAGUGGGUAAGUUUUCUAGACCUGUUCAGAUGGAAAGUACACUGACUUAUGGACAAGCGGGUUGUGGUAAAUCAGUCAUAUGCUCGACAAUCAUUGAAGACAUCCAACGAACUUGCCUGGAUAACUCGGAUAAGCGGUUCGCUUACUGGUAUUUCCAAUUCAAUGACCCGUCAUCACAAAGAGUUGAGAAUAUGCUCAGGACGAUCAUCCGUCAGCUGCAUUCAACACCACUCGACGAGCCUAUCCGGAGUCUUUGGAACGACUAUGGUACCAAAGGAAGCAAUCCAAACAAUACAAGGCUUCAGGAGACUCUUGAAAGACUGCUUGAUGCCAACAUAGAGGAGGUUUUCCUUAUCCUAGAUGCGCUGGACGAGUGCCCCGAGGCAGUCAAUCGCAAGGAAAGGAGUCUUCUGUUACCAUUGCUUACUGGACUUCGGAGGAAAUACAGUAAUAAAGUCCAUGUUCUUGUGACUAGUCGGCCAGAGCCAGAUAUAUUUGAGCAUCUGGUGGAGUGUACAGCCUUAGACAUUGAGGAAAACCAGGGGUCCGAUAUUUCGGCCUUCGUCAAGGACAGGGUUGAUGCUCUGGACGACAGAAGAGCUCCAAAGGAAGUGAAAGCACAGAUAAUCCAGGAACUGCUACAGGACGAAAAGAGACGAUUUCGCUGGGCAGACCUUCAAGUGAAACGUCUCGAAGAAUGCCGCAACAAGUCUCAAAUCAUAGAAGCAUUGAGUACGAUGCCACAAACUUUGCACGACAUAUAUCUCUCUGUAAUAGAAAGAAUCAACGCGAAACCAUCCGAUGUUAUAUACGCCAAAACGAUCCUUACCUGGCUCUGUUUCAGUGUCAGGCCUCUCACCCUGACUGAAGUAGCAGCAGCAGCAGGUCUUGAGGUCCCAGAGGACGUGGUAAAAAUCUGCACGACUUCAUUUGUUGCUUUUCGGCGCUCAAAUGAUGAGAUCAGGCUGGCUCACUUCUCUGUGAAGGAAUUCCUCGUUGGUAACGAGUGUACAGGCCAAUGGCACCAACUCUCCGCGUUGAAUGGGCACACCAUGCUAGCUGAGCACAGCCUGAGAAUACUCCUACAAAUGACAAGGAGACUGUCUAAAGAGGAAGCGCAGCAGGAAGUGCUGCUAGACUACGAGCACUUCAAAGCUUCCGCUGUUACUCCAAGCCCAGCACUCGAAAGCCUCCAAGUGAUGGUGGAUCUACUAUUCCGUCAACCGACUGCCUACCGCAACUGGCGUUAUAUAACGACAGAAUUCGUGGAGGGAGAUGUACAGUCAACCCCUAUUGGUAUCGCAUCAGGCUUAGGGCUCAUUCAAACCGUGAUAGGUUUACUAGAAGAAGGCGCGGACCCUUUAGAGUGGUUUGUAUAUGGAUCUGAUAGGAUAUUUUUCCAGGCACUAAAGAACGCAUUACUGAUGGCUUCUGAGUAUGGGCAUCUGGAAAUACUGGAUUUACUGCUGCACAAGGUGUGCGUGUCUAUUGAUCUAGCUGAGGGCAUAGUGGAAGUUGUUCGAUGCUAUGCUUCUGAAAGCAAGAAGCUGGAAGAUAUAUUUGACACACUCUCAGCUUCAGGUUCUAUUUUCAGUAAAACCGAGAACAAAGGGCUUCAGAUAAAUGAACGCAUUGUUGUCGCUGGAGCGAGGAACGAGGUUUGUGGCAUGAAACUUGUGACCAUCCUCCUUAAUCGGUACGAAGAAACAGGAGUUGCGCUUGUGCCUGUGACAGAGAAAGUGCUGGAAACCAUCCUACAAAACAUGGAGUGUGGAGACGAUAUUUUACAGCUCCUUCUUGAAAGGCGCAAUGAUGAUGUCAGAAUCUAUCCACGAAUCAAGGAGAUGAUGGAAUAUCCGGUCAUCCUGAACAGGCGCGCAAUCGCAAUCCUUCUUGCACAACGGCUUGUAGAGAUCGUGAUAGAUGAGGAGUUCAUUGCUAAUUUUGCGAGAUACGCGGGUGACGCUGAAAUGGAAGUACUUUCAAGUGUAUUGGACGACGAUUCAAUGCUGACUGAGAAUGUUCUGGAGAGCGUGGUAACAAGCAGGAGCGGUGUCAGUGUCUUGCGUCAACUUCUUCGCCGACGACAGCAUCGGCUAUUGGUUAGCGAGGAUCUUCUGUGUACAGCAGCGUUCAACGGAGAUAGCGAAAAGCUGGAAGCUUUACUAGAUGACUGUGGUCUGGAUUUUGCAAUAAGCGAAAGAGUCAUGCUGGAGAUUGUGGGCAACGAAAUCUUUGGAGCUAAGAUGCUCGAAAUGCUCCUGCGCAGGCAGCAAGCAGGAUUUAUCGUCACUCCCGCAAUACUGGACACAGCAGCCUCCCAAUCAAGUGCCAUGAAUGUUGUAAAAAUACUUAUGAACAACGGAGGCUUGAAGGUUCCAAUCACUGAAGAUACGAUGCUCAGAAUUGUGAGUGAUGACUUGCUGUGUUUUCUACUGGAUCUUGAGGAAAGGUCCCAGAUACAUGCUCUUCCUAUCACAGAAGAGUUCAUAUUGCAUGCUGUGGCGACCUUUGAGCCUACCACUUUGGAGGCCGUCUUGCGCAAGCGACCAAUGAUCUACGUGAGCGAAGAUAUGUUCGUCGAAUGUGACAGUAUGUCGACUUUGAAGCUUCUGAUGAAACAACCGCAUAGCCAAUUGCCCGUGACGAGAAUGAUCGAAAGAUUGGAAAAGAAAGAUGGUCAAGAACCUACAGAUAUACUUCGGUUCCUGUUGAAUGAGAAGUUCUUUGAGGUUGACCAUGGGAUUAUAGAGAGGUUUGCACAUAAUGCCUCGGCUUUGGAACUCCUGCUGCAGACAACACCCCGUGUAUCCAUCACAGAGCAAGCUGCCAUCCGGGCAGCUUUCGAUUGGGGCGAGGAUGCAAUUCGCGUUCUGCUCAACGAGCGAAUAGACGAUUUUCCAAUCUCAGAAGAAGUCAUGACUGCUGUGGUAGGAAAUCAUCGUUUAGUUGUAUGUUUGCAACGGAUUUUGGCACAUCAUGGCCCACGGGUACCGAUCACAGAGAAGGUUCUAGUGGCAGCCUCGGCCAUAUUAGAAAUUUUACAACUUCUCCUUCAAACACUAGGGCCCGAUGCGCCUCCUAUGCUAACCGAGGGAUUGGUUGCGAUAGCCACUUAUGCAGAUCCGUCCGCAUUACCGUGGUUACUUGAGAAGUAUGGCUCGGCUGUGCCACUUAGCGAAAGAGUCAUGGUUGUUGCCGCCGCAACCAGCCUUGACGGGCUACAGUGGCUCCUCCGUGAAUGGCCUGGCGAUAUAGACCUGAGCUGCAUUUGGAGAGCGAUCUGGAAGUUUGAUUAUAACUUCUAUGGUUUCUCCUAUGGUUUUAAUAAGCCCACUUUGUCAAGGGUUCAGGAGAACGCUAGUCAGCAUGUUCUUCAGUAUACUAAAGCAGUUGAUCUCUCGGAGGAUGUCUUUAUGGAUGCCCUGGCUUCAUCUGCUCUUGAUGAAAGGACAGGCAGAUACAGUGGGUUGAUUUCUCUGAUCCGUGUUUGCAUCGAACAUGACUUAUCCGUUCCAGAAACAGGAGGGCUAGUGAGAGUAGUGUUUGAUAAGUGCGACUCUAAUCUCAAAGAAGCUAUUCGUGAGCUUGUCGAGGCGUUUGAGGAGGAUGGCAACCUCCCUAAAGGGAAGUUCGGGGGACUAUUAUUAUCGCGAAUUAGGGAGAACCAUGGAAUAUCGGCUCCUGAGUCCUAAAGCAGUCUAGGAAAUGUUCAUCUAUCGCAUGGUAUUGUUGUCGUUCUGCUAUAAACCCCG